UGGUGAGAAACACCUAGCACAGGUAAAAGGGUGGCGGCCCAAGGGAGUUCCCACCUGUUGAGUUCUUAAAGAAAUGAAGACUUAAGAAAAUAGCAAGGAGGGGCUGAUCGGUGUCUUUGGAGCCCCACCCUCGGCCACAGGAAAAGCCCCUUGGGAGAGAGGCAGGCGCUUCAGAAAAACUAAGAAAAGCACCGCUUCGCCUCGCACUCCUGCGCGGGCCAAGCCUGCAGCCGCUUCACCCGGCAGAGCUCUCCUACCCCGGCCCUCGGGUGCCUUGGCCGGCGAUCGGACGUAUCCUCUCCAUGGCGGCAGCUGGACCCACACGCUCCAGGAUCGGAGCCCUCUGUCGGCAGCUCCUGCUGACCCUCUCAAUCUUAUCAUUUGCCUGUGACGCCUGCAAACAGGUGAUACUGCAUGUUCCUUCCAAAUUAGAUGCUGAAAAAUUUGUUGGCAGAGUUAACCUGGAGGAGUGCUUUAAAUCUGCAAAUAUCAUUCACUCAAGUGAUCCUGAUUUCCAAAUUUUAGAAGAUGGUUCAGUCUAUACAACGAAUGCUGUUCUCCUGUCCUCAGAAACAAGGAGUUUUACCAUAUUACUUUUUAACACGGACAGCCAAGAGGAGAAGGAAAUAUCUGUCCUUUUAGAGAAAGAAACACAGGUUCAAAAGAGAAGACAUUCUAAAGAAAAAGUUCUAAGACGUGCCAAGAGAAGAUGGGCUCCUAUUCCUUGUUCCAUGAUGGAGAAUUCCUUGGGUCCUUUCCCACUUUUUCUUCAACAGGUCCAAUCUGACGUAGCCCAAAACUACACCAUAUACUAUUCCAUUAAAGGGCCUGGAGUUGACCAAGAACCUCUAAAUUUAUUUUAUGUGGAGAGGGAUACUGGAAACCUGUACUGUACUCAACGGGUAGAUCGUGAGCAAUAUGAAUCUUUUGAGCUAACUGCCUUUGCAACAACUCCAGAUGGUUAUACACCAGAAUAUCCAUUGCCUCUGAUAAUCAAAGUAGAGGAUGAAAAUGAUAAUGCCCCGAUUUUUACAGAAACAACAUACACUUUUAUGAUUCUUGAAAGCUGCAAAGUUGGUUCCAUCGUGGGACAGGUGUCUGCAACUGACAAAGAUGAGCCCGACACGAUGCACACACGCCUGAGGUACUCCAUCCUGGAACAGCUCCCGUCCUCACCCACACUCUUCUCUAUGCAUCCAACUACAGGUGUGAUCACCACAUUGUCAUCUCAGCUUGACAGAGAGUUAAUUGAUAAAUACCAGUUGAAAAUAAAAGUACAAGAUAUGGAUGGUCAAUAUUUUGGCUUGCACACAACUGCAACUUGUAUCAUUAAUAUUGGAGAUGUGAAUGACAACUUGCCAACAUUUACCCGUACUUCUUAUGAGGCAUCAGUGGAAGAAAAUACAAUUGAUGUGGAAAUCUUACGUGUUACCGUUGAGGAUAAGGAUUUAAUUAAUACUCCUAAUUGGAGAGCUAAUUAUACCAUUUUAAAGGGCAAUGAAAAUGGAAAUUUUAAAAUUGCAACGGAUCCCAGAACCAAUGAAGGAGUUCUGUGUGUAGUUAAGCCACUGAAUUAUGAAGAAACACAAAAGGUGACCCUACAAAUUGGAGUAGUUAAUGAAGCUCCAUAUUCUAGAGAGACUAGCUCAAGAUCCGCCAUGAGUACAGCAACAGUUACUGUUAAUGUGAAAAAUCAGGAUGAGGGCCCUGAGUGCAACCCUCCAGUCCAGACUGUUCGAAUCAAAGAAAAUGCACCAGCAGGGACAAGAAGCAGUGGAUACAAAGCAUAUGACUCAGAUACAAAAAGUAGCACUGGAAUAAGGUAUAGGAAAAUAAGUGAUCCAAAAGGGUGGGUCACCAUUAAUGAAGAUUCAGGAAUAAUCACAGUUUUCCGAAGUCUUGACAGAGAGGCAGAGGCCAUCCCAAGUGGUGUAUAUAAUGUUACCGUCCUUGCGUCAGAUCAAAAUGGGAGAACUUGUACAGGGACACUGGGGAUUAUACUUGAAGAUGUGAAUGAUAAUGGCCCGUACAUACCUAAGCAGACAGUAGUAAUCUGCAAACCUACUAUGUCCUCAGCGGAGAUUGUUGCUGUUGAUCCUGAUGAACCCAUAAAUGGCCCACCAUUUGAUUUUAGUUUUAGGAGUUCUGAUUCAGAAGUACGGAAAAUGUGGAGACUGAUGAAAAUUAAUGAUACAGCGGCAAGUCUUUCUUAUCAGAAUGAUCCUCCAUUUGGGUCCUAUGUAGUACCAAUUCAGGUUACAGAUAGACUUGGCUUCUCUGCAGUCACUUCACUGAAUGUUGUUAUAUGUAACUGCAUUACCGAAAAUGACUGCACCUUUCGCACAAGUGGAAGGACUGGCAACGGAGAAGUAAAACUUGGAACGUGGGCCAUCCUGGCAAUAUUGUUGGGCAUAGCAUUGCUAUUUUGUAUACUAUUUACAUUAGUCUGUGGGACUUCUGUGAUAAACAAACAACCAAAAGAACUGCCUGAUGAUUUAGCCCAGCAGAACCUCAUUGUGUCGAACACGGAAGCUCCUGGAGAUGACAAAGUGUAUUCCACAAAUGGCUUCACAACCCAAGCUGUGGGUGCUUCUGGUCAGGGAAUUUGUGGCACCGUGGGAUCCGGAGUCAAAAAUGGAGGGCAGGAGACCAUCGAAAUGGUGAAAGGACACCAGACCCUGGACUCCUGCCGGGGGGUUGGGCAUCAUCACACGCUGGAUUCCUGCAGGGGAGGACACGUGGAGGUGGACAACUGCAGAUACACUUACUCCGAGUGGCACAGUUUCACUCAGCCCCGACUUGGAGAUAAAGUGCAUCAGUGUAAUCAGGAUGACAGUCACAAGCACGCUCAAGACUAUGUCCUUACGUAUAACUAUGAAGGAAAAGGAUCGUCAGCUGGUUCUGUGGGCUGUUGCAGUGAACGACAAGACGAAGAUGGGCUUGAAUUUUUGGAUCAUUUGGAGCCCAAAUUUAGGACACUAGCAGAAGCAUGCAUAAAGAGAUGAACAUGGUCUCAUAAGUCAACCAAAGCCAGUGGCUUAUCAUCUUUUAAUUUGUGUUCCUCUUCCUUUUAGUUACAAACGAGGAUUUUUCAAAACAGAAGAUGUUAUGUUUGGAACUUUUCUCUGUUUAUUUUGCACAAUCUCUUUGGCCAAAUGCAUAUUUACAGGAAACCAAAUAAGUACACAAUUGUUUGGACUUCUGUGUAGUUUUUAAUUACAUGCUCCCAAGUACAUUUAUUUACAAACAGGAAACUUGCAUGAUUGUUUACAUUUGGGUAUAAUGACAACAGCCAAUUCAUAAUGCAAUAAAAUUUAAUUAAUUCAAAUCUGUAUUUAAAGACCACUUGAAAAAUAACCUAAUAGAAGAAUGUAGAGAAUAUUAUCUCUGGUUAAUUAAUUACUUAGUUAUUUGUGUGGUGCUUGGAAACUGUUGUUUUUCUAAACAUUCUAAAGUGUAUACACUUUAUCUUGCUUUAUUUUGUAGCAUGACCUUUCUUCGUAAUGGGCAGGGAGUUUUCUAACUAGAUAUUGAUUGUUAUUACAAUUCCAUUUUGGUGGAGCUCACUUUUAGAUUUUAUUCCAUGUAGAAUCUUAUACUGAGUCUAUAAUUUCCCUGUUACCAACUCUGUUAGUGAAAUUUGUUUCAAAAGUGCUUUCAGAAUGUUUUUGCUCUUGCAGUUUUUUUGUCUUUGAAAUGCCCAGUGGUAUGUCUGUCUGUCUGUCUCUCUCUCUCUCUCUCUCUCCUAUUUGUCUUCUAUUUUUUUCAAAAACUUCUACUUAGGUUAGAGAAUCCAGAUAUUUUUCAAAGUUGUCUCUCUUUUUCCUUUUGUAUAAAGUGAAUUCUUUUUGUUUUAUGUAAGCAUAUGUAUUCUUUUUUUUCUGAAAAUCAAUGUGUUAACUUUAUUGUUUUGAAUAUCUCGGUGAUUGCUUCAUUACCUCCUCAACAAAGAAUUUUGCCAUUGAAACUGUAGAACUAUGUUAUGAUGUUUUAGAUGCAACAUUCUAUGUUAACAAAAGGACUGGUGUAAUUAGAUUGGGAUGAGGAUAUUUAGUGUGCAGUAGCACAGUUAUAGUUCAUAUCUUUAAAGCAAGGAUACAGUUUAUAAAUGCCAAAUAGUGUUGAUUGUUUGAAAUAAGCUUCAAAAUACAGGGAUCUUGAAAGUUCUCUAGGAUGACAAUUUUGCAGUUUUUUGUUUUGUUUUGUUUUGUUUUUAAGAUAAGAUGGUUAGUCCUAUCUGUUUGUAAAGGUUUUUUUUUUUUUUUUUUUUAAAUAUUACACAGUUACAGUUUUUAGCAAAUAUACAAAUGAGCCAGACAACUUAAAUUUUAAAACAAUAAGACAAAAUUAAACUUAAUAGCCAAGCAAAUUUCAGAUUUAUGGCUUACUUCAUUGAAUUCUUUAUGUGUGCAAAUAUAUGGACAUUCUAAAUAUAUUUCUAAUAUUAAUAUUGUUAAUAAUGUGCCUGCCUUGAAUGUACAAGGUUGGCUUAUAACAAUUAUUUUUCAAAAUUAGCAUUGGAUAGUUAUUCAGUAACCAUCUAUCUUUUCAAAAGUUUCAUUACUACUCAGUCAAAAAUACAAUUUCCCAGAAUUAUUUUUAAUAAAUUAUGUUUAAAAAUCUUGUGUAUUACUAGUUAUGCAAUUUUUAAAAAUGAGUGUGAAUUUUUUGGGUCUGAUAUGAAUUUAAAGGAUCAUGCUUUUCUGAUAUAGAGAAAUUGAGUCCCUUUUAUAGACUCCUGUUAUACAUUUUUAGAACUUCAAGAUUGAUUCAGAGAGAUCUUUGGAGCACUGUUCUAUUUGUCUCAACACAUUUAUGUUCAUGCCAUUAUAAGAACUGUGAAGCUGGGGUCCUGAUUAAAUUGCGUACUUUUUU